AUGGCGCUGCUCCGGGCCCGCGCCUUGUACGACUUCAAGUCGGAGAACCCGGGCGAGAUCUCUCUGAGGGAGCACGAGGUGCUGAGCCUGUGCAGCGACCAGGAGAUCGAGGGCUGGUUCGAGGGCGUCAACAGCCGCGGAGACCGAGGCCUCUUCCCGGCCUCCUAUGUGCAGGUCCUGAGGGCGCCCGCGGGCCUGGAGCCGCCGCCCACCCGCUACGCCAAUGUGCCCUCGGCGGGCCUCGAACCCGCGCCCCCUUCCACCACAGCGCCCCGCCAGCUCCAGCUCCCCCUACAGGCCGCGGAGCCCUUCCAGUUGCCGCCUCCUCCGGCGCUGUCCUCCUCAUCCUCUUUCCAAACAGCGCCUCCUUAUGGCGGGUCCGCAUACCAGACCAGCCAAGGCAGCGAUGACGACUGGGACGACGACUGGGAUGACAGCUCCACCGUGGCGGACGAGCCGGGCGUCGUCGUCGACCCGCGGCACCUGUCCUACCGCCUCUCCGCCCACUCCGACUUGUCGCUGGGCUCACGAGGGUUGCCACUCCACCCGCACCCCUCGGCGGGGCCCAAGAGCUCAGCCACCGUGGGUCGCAACCUGAACCGCUUCUCCACCUUCGUGAAAUCUGGAGGCGAGGCCUUUGUCCUAGGCGAGGCUGCGGGCUUCGUCAAGGAUGGCGACAAGUUGUGCGUGGUGUCGGGCACCUACGGGCCCGAGUGGCAGGAGAACCCCUACCCUUUCCAAUGCUCCAUUGAGGACCCCACCAAGCAGACCAAGUUCAAGGGCAUGAAGAGCUACAUCGCCUACAAGCUGGUGCCCAGCCACACCGGGCAGCAGGUGCACCGGCGCUACAAGCACUUUGACUGGCUCUACGGGCGCCUGGUGGAGAAGUUUCCCGUCAUCUCGGUGCCCCACCUGCCGGAGAAGCAGGCCACGGGGCGCUUUGAGGAGGACUUCAUCUCCAAGCGGCGCAAAGGCCUGGCCUGGUGGAUGGACCACAUGUGCAGCCACCCGGUCCUGGCCCAGUGCGACGCCUUCCAGCAUUUCCUCACCUGCCCCAGCACGGACGAGAAGGCCUGGAAGCAGGGCAAGAGGAAGGCUGAGAAGGAUGAGAUGGUGGGUGCCAACUUCUUCUUGACCAUCAGCGUCCCCGCUUGCGGCCCUGCGGCCCUGGACCUGCAGGAGGUGGAGAGCAAGGUAGACGGCUUCAAGAGCUUCACCAAGAAGAUGGACGAGAGCACCAUUCAGCUGAACCAGACGGUCAACGAGUUUGCCCGCAAGCAGGUGACAGGCUUCAAGAAGGAGUACCAGAAAGUGGGGCACUCCUUCAGGGGCCUCAGCCAAGCCUUUGAGAUGGACCAACAGGCUUUCUCAGUCGGGCUCAACCAGGCCAUUGCCUUCACUGGGGAAGCUUAUGAUGCUAUAGGGGAACUCUUCGCAGACCAACCCAGACAGGACCUGGACCCAGUGAUGGAUUUGUUAGCUCUGUAUCAGGGACAUCUCGCCAAUUUCCCAGACAUAAUCCAUGUCCAAAAAGGGGCCCUUACCAAAGUGAAGGAAAGUAAGCGGCAUGUUGAAGAAGGGAAGAUGGAAGUCCAGAAGGCUGAUGGCAUUCAAGAUCGUUGUAACAUUAUUUCUUUUGCCACCCUGGCAGAAAUUCACCAUUUCCACAAAAUUCGAGUGAGGGACUUCAAAUCACAGAUGCAGCAUUUUUUACAACAGCAAAUACUUUUUUUCCAAAAAGUCACACAAAAGUUAGAAGAAGCUCUUCACAAGUAUGACAGUGUUUAAUAUUCCUUAAUUUUUAGACUUUGACCGAUGGAUGUUUCUUGGCUUGCAAAUGGAAUAAGCAACAGAGGCAAACACCGCUCUCAAAUACCUGUUGACACCUCUUGAGAUACUUUACAAGAACUAUUUUGUAAUCUGUUCUGGAUUCCAGUUGAACCUAAUCAUUGCAUAAGGAGGAAAUAAUUAUGCCUAUUUAGUUGAGACUGUACUACAAUUGUAACUAAGUUAUACUCCAAAUGCCUACACUACCAUUGUAAUGUUUUUGAAAUAAUGAUUAUCCUAUUUGCCUUAUUGCUUUUUUGAAAUAUGAUAUUUUAGUGCAUAUGCUGUAGACCUCAAAACCUUUUGGGUCUUUAAGGAAGUUGGCCAGAUAAAAGCCUACUUCAGAUGCCUUUUUAAAAUUCUCUUCAGUUUGAAUUUUCUAAAUUCAAACAAUUCUCUGUUUACAAAUUCCUAUUAGAGCAGCUAAGCUAUUUUGUGCCUUUAGACUUACAACUUUUCAUUAUUAUUAUUUUUUCUAGUAAACCACAUUUUUAUGACUGAUUGAAUGAAGGAUUGGCACCCCUAACAGGGCCUGAUUUCAAACCUCAUUAGUGACUGAAAAAUAACUAGACCUGUAACUUGCACACUAGAUGUUAUGAUAAAUGUUGAUUGAAAGAAAAUCCUUAAAAUCAUUUUAGACUUUGUACUGAUUAAAAAUAUUAUUUAUUAUUUGUACCAGAACCUUAAACACACAGGUGAGAAUUCAGCACUGCAGUAGUUCCAUUCUUAACAUGGCACCAUAAAACCUUUCAGCGUAAGACAUCUUUGGAUAGGAUCUUAGACCACUUAACUGAUAAAAGAACAUUGAAGUGUUUUUGUGGGAUGAAAGCAGAGGAUCAGUGGUUCAUGCUUGUACAUGUGUGUAAUAUUUGCAAGUCUUGUGAGACUGUUGCUUUAUUUCAUUUUAAAUGUGGCCCUGUUUUGUUACUUGGCUUAAAACUGUUGCAGAUUGCAAAGGUCAAUGCUACUUAGUGAAAUUACUGGUUGAUUGGGAGAGAAAUACUAAGAGCACAGAGCAGAGGUGCCAAUUAGGAUAAUGCAUUUUCCUUUUCUGUUUCUCCUCCCUGUAUUUCAAAUCAUACAUACUAACACACAGUUGAUGGCUUUUUCCUCUAAGAUUUCAAAAUGUCCACACCUUAAUUAUUUGGGAACACCUCAAAAUGUGCAUUCCUAUAACUGUGAGGUCAUAAUUUUAGUAGAGACUGUGAGGAAUUUGUCUGUAGAAUUCUGCAGAUUUCAACUACUCCUAUGCAACUUCGACAUCUGUGAGUGUUUGGGUACACUUGCUAGGUUUCAGAAAAUCCAUCAGGCCUUUUACAUCUUUACAAUGCUCUCUGAGCAUCUGAUUGUACAAGAACUUCCACAAAUGUUGAUUUUGGCAAUAAAUUGCAUACCAUUAAAACCAAUAAUUUUGCUGUCAA